UCUGCCAGUUAGCUUUACAGCAACAGAAAGGUCCAGAGAAUAUCAGCAAUGGACAGGAUGUCUAUUUAAACAAGUUGCAAGGGGGCAUAUCGUCGGCACAGGAGCCAAAUCAAUGGCCGCAGAGAAAUCAGUGCGCCGUGCACCUUACAUCAGACAUAAGACAGAUGCAUGACAUGGACAGCAGCAGAAAGACCAAACAGCAUGAUGGAUUGAUUACCUUGAGCUUCAGUGAUCAACGAUUCUCUCCAGUGUCCAGUACCGUUCAGGCUCUCGACUCCGAUCACGAUCCAGCGAAGAAUAAAGAAAGUUAAGCAUCUCAUGGCCACCGCGACAGCCGUAAGGGGUCGCCUAACGCUUUGCGGCCUAGCGCGGCCCUCCCCCCACCGCAGCGGCUCUUGCCCGUCCAUUCGUUCCAAACUCCUCGUUCUCUUCUCCAGUCGACCUCCCGUCAGAUCAUCAUCAUCAUCCUUUCUUGUCUUCUUCCUUUUUUAUCCUCUGUUUCCAUUUUAUUUCCUCCUCUUCUACGUACUUCAUUUCACUUCGUUUUCUUUCCAGCUCUCGUGCGCGCUGACCGUCGCUCAUCUGUUGGCGUCCGGUCGUGUGUGUGACUUUCCCUUUCAACUCUUCCUUUUGUUUCGCUUGUUUUCCCUAUAUUGUUGCUCUUCUUCUUUCUUCUCUUCUUUUCGACCUCGUCCUUCGACACUUAGCGUUGGUCAUCUUCCAGCAAUCACUUUGCUUUUCCACCCCAUCUCGCCGUUGGGGCUAAGGCUUUCGAAAGCUGUAUUUUUGAGUCCUCUGCAUUCGACUCUUUGUCACGAAACUCUUUCCACUCUUCUUCUCCGUCUUUUUUUUCAAUCAAGGCGGCCGUCUUUCCCACUUUGACGAUUGUUCAUACCGUGCUUCAAACUACAUGACCUAGCGGCCUUUCCUUUCCACGUCUUUUUUCGUGUCUCGAUCGAUCCCCGCGCCGCUUUCCGCCUUUGAGCUCACCAGAUUUUGUUGACCGUUCCGUAAACGCUC